AGGAUGAAGGUCUUAAUAUUAUGCCUGGCCUUCGCAGCUGUGACUCUGGCAAUGCCAGUAGCCGAAGAGAAACCUGAUGUGGCUGCACAAGCUCCAUCAGUUGCGGCAAAACCUGAAGAGAUCAACGACCAACCCGCUCCAGCAGAAGACAAGAAAGUCGAGGAAGCUCCUCAAUCAAAAGAAGCUGAAAAAGAACCUGAAGCCAAGAAUGCACCUGUAGAAGAAAAAAAACCUGAAGUCAAAGACGAACCUGAAAAGGCCCCAGAACCUCAAGCGAAAGAAGUUGUACCUGAAGUAAAAUCAGCAGAACCUGAACCUGAAAAGAAACCUGAAUCCAGUGAUUCUGCAGAAUCAAAAUCUGAAGAGAAAGUUGUAGAGCCAGAAUCUAAGCCAGUUGACGAGCCUAAACCGGCUGAGGAGCCUAAACCAGUUGAGGAGCCCAAAGCUGCUGAAGUGCCAGCUAUAGUAAAUGAGGUACCCAAGGAUGCAUCUGCUAAGGCAGCUGCGUUGCCCGAGGAAAAUAUUGACGUUGUUACUGCUGUGAAAAAUGAUGCCGGUAUCGCUGAUGACGUCAUGAUGCCCGAUGUUUUGAUCCCAACUCCAGUGAAGAAAAUUGACUUGCCUGAGGUACCAGCCGCUGUCGUUGAACCUGAACCAAAAAAAUCUGAACCAUCUGCUCCCGUGGAAGAACCUGCUAAGGCUGAGGUAAGCAAACCAGAAGAACCUAAAGAAGAAGUUAAGGCUGCAGAGACCGCCUCCGAUGCUGUGCCUGCUGUCCCAAAAUCGGAAGAGAGUUCUGAGGAUAGCCUACGUGUAGUCCGUAACACAGUCGAUGGUAAACUGGUUGUUGCUGCUGAGGACAAACCUGAGCCUGCUGCUGAAAACAAACCUGAGGCAGUUGCGGAAAGCAAACCUGAGCCAGUAGCUGAAAGCAAAGCUGCACCUGUUGAAGAGAAGAAACCUGAAGUUGUUGAGGCGAGCAAACCUGAUUCUGUUGUAGAAAGCAAACCUGAACCCGCUGUAGAAUCCAAAUCCGCGCCAGUCUCAGAGAACAAACCCGUUGAAGAAGCUAAACCAGAGGCUCAGCCUGCCGAAGCUGCCAAAGAAGCAGAGGUUCCCAAAGAAGUAAAGAAAGAUGAGGCCGAACAAAAAGAAUCAAAAUCAGGCGAUGUUGCUGCACCUGAGCCUGCAGCUAAAGAAGAGCCUGCCCCAGCGCCUGCUGUUGAAGAGAAAAAGUCUGACAACAAAGAGGUUGUACCUGAGAAGAGCGAACCAGCUCCUGCUAAACAGGAGCAGCCUUUAAACGACAAACCGUCAAGCUCAAGUGAGGAAAGCGCGAGCGAAGAAUCAAAAGAAACCUCAUCUGAAGAGAAAACUGGAGCUCCUGAAUCUUAG